GGGAAGACUAGAGGAAUGUGUUGGAGAUUUCAGGGAGAGUUCAACUGAGAAUGUGCUGUCUGCCAAAAGAAGAGAAAGAGAGAGACAGAUACUCACGCUAAACCGAUGAAAACAUGCCCCAUUUCACUGUGGUACCAGUGCAGGAUAACUCUCCGUCCAACUAUGACAGUCUGGAGGGAAUAAACUGGGUGGAUUACAGGGACACAGGACAGGGAGGAUACCCUGGACAUGGAGACACAGUUAGCUCAGAUGGUCAUGGCAAUCAUAAAGAAGACAGUCCCUUCCUCAGCAGUUCAGACUCAUCGAAGAGGAAUGACUACUACGACAAAAACUUGGCCCUGUUUGAGGAAGAGCUGGAUAGCCGUCCAAAGGUCUCGUCUCUCCUCAGCCGGCUGGUCAAUUACACAAACGUUACUCAGGGAGCCAAAGAACAUGAAGAGGCAGAAAGUGCCGAUGCCUCCAGAAGACAAAUGCCCAAGUCUCCGAAUAUGGGCACACUGAUGGGAGUGUACCUGCCAUGUCUGCAGAACAUCUUUGGUGUGAUUCUCUUUCUGCGUCUCACCUGGAUAGUAGGAACAGCAGGUGUCGUCCAAUCAUUCUUCAUCGUUCUCAUGUGCUGUUCCUGUACAAUGUUAACAGCAAUCUCCAUGAGUGCUAUAGCCACCAAUGGUGUAGUUCCAGCUGGUGGGGCGUAUUUCAUGAUAUCUCGGUCUCUGGGCCCUGAGUUUGGUGGUGCAGUUGGUCUCUGUUUUUAUUUGGGCACAACCUUUGCUGCUGCCAUGUACAUACUGGGAGCAAUUGAAAUAUUUCUGAAAUAUCUGAUUCCUCAAGCCGCCAUAUUCCAUCCUGCAGAUAUUCAUGCAGGGAGUGGUGCAAUGCUGAAUAACAUGCGGGUGUAUGGCACAAUAUGUUUGAGUCUUAUGGCUGUGGUUGUCUUUGUGGGGGUCAAAUAUGUCAACAAAUUUGCCUCCCUUUUCCUGGCCUGUGUCAUAAUCUCCAUUGUUUCCAUCUAUGCCGGAGCUAUCAAAUCCAUUUUCCACCCUCCUGAGUUUCCGAUCUGCAUGUUAGGAAACCGCACAUUGGUUCGUGAUUUGUUUGAUGUCUGUGGGAAGACAGUAGUAGUUGGUAAUAUCACGGUUCACAGCCAGCUCCGGAAGAACUUCUGCAGCUCUGAGAAUUCAAGCAGUGGUCAUUGUGAUGAGUACUUCUCCCAGAACAAUGUUACAGAGAUCCAGGGCAUUCCUGGUCUGGCCAGUGGGAUCAUUAAAGAAAACAUGUGGGGGGAUUACAUGGAGAAAGGACAGAUUCUUGAAAAGGCAAGUCUGUCCUCUGUUGAUGUCCAUGGCUCAAUGGAGACCUUUGGUUUCUAUGUGUCUGCUGACAUUGCCACGUCUUUCACCCUCUUGGUGGGAAUCUUCUUUCCUUCUGCCACAGGCAUUAUGGCAGGAUCAAACAGAUCUGGAGAUCUAAGAGAUGCACAGAAGUCUAUACCAAUAGGGACGAUCCUGGCUAUUACAACUACCUCUCUUGUCUACUUUAGCUCUGUGGUUUUGUUUGGGGCCUGUAUUGAGGGUGUGGUGCUAAGAGAUAAAUUUGGAGAUGCCGUCAGUAAAAACUUGGUGGUUGGCACACUGUCCUGGCCCUCUCCCUGGGUCAUUGUGAUCGGCUCCUUCUUCUCCACAGUGGGUGCAGGACUUCAGUCCCUGACAGGAGCUCCUCGCCUCUUGCAAGCCAUUGCUAAAGAUAACAUCAUUCCCUUCCUUAGGGUUUUUGGACAUGGUAAGGCUAACGGAGAACCCACGUGGGCCCUGCUGCUGACGGGACUCAUAGCAGAGCUCGGCAUCCUCAUUGCAUCACUGGAUAUGGUCGCUCCUAUUCUCUCCAUGUUUUUCCUGAUGUGUUAUCUAUUUGUAAAUUUGGCGUGUGCAGUACAAACACUUUUAAGAACACCAAACUGGAGACCUCGGUUCAGAUACUACCACUGGGCUCUGUCAUUUCUGGGCAUGAGUAUGUGUUUAGCCCUUAUGUUUAUCUCCUCUUGGUACUAUGCCAUUGUAGCGAUGGGCAUUGCUGGUAUGAUCUACAAGUACAUUGAGUAUCAGGGAGCAGAGAAAGAAUGGGGGGACGGGAUCCGUGGAUUGUCUCUUAGUGCAGCCCGUUACUCUCUCCUUCGCCUGGAGGUUGGACCACCCCACACCAAAAACUGGAGGCCACAGCUGCUGGUUCUGCUGAAGCUGGAUGAGGACCUGCAUGUGAAGUAUCCCAGAAUGCUUACCUUUGCCUCACAGCUGAAAGCGGGAAAAGGUCUGACCAUUGUAGGAUCAGUGAUACAGGGCAACUUCCUGGAAUGCUAUGGGGAAACACAAGCGUCAGAACAGGCAAUAAAGAACAUGAUGGAGAUUGAGCGCGUAAAGGGCUUCUGUCAGGUGGUGGUCGCCUCCAAAGUGAGAGAGGGAAUCGCACACCUCAUCCAGUCCUGUGGUCUAGGAGGCAUGAAACAUAACACAGUCGUUAUGGGUUGGCCAUACGGCUGGAGACAGAGUGAAGACCCACGGGCUUGGAAAACCUUUAUAAAUACAGUCCGCUGUACUACAGCGGCCCACCUGGCUCUGAUGGUCCCAAAAAAUGUGUCAUUCUAUCCCAGCAAUCAUGAGCGCUUUUCUGAUGGAUAUAUUGAUGUGUGGUGGAUUGUCCAUGAUGGUGGAAUGCUCAUGCUUCUGCCUUUCCUUCUCAAACAACAUAAGGUCUGGCGUAAAUGUAAGAUGCGCAUCUUCACUGUGGCUCAAAUGGACGAUAACAGCAUUCAGAUGAAAAAGGACCUGGCAACCUUCCUGUACCAGCUCAGAUUAGAAGCAGAGGUGGAAGUGGUUGAGAUGCACGACAGUGAUAUCUCAGCAUACACGUAUGAGCGGACACUUAUGAUGGAACAGAGGUCACAGAUGCUAAAACAAAUGAGGCUCUCCAGUGCAGAGAGAGACAGAGAGGCCCAGCUGGUAAAGGACAGACACUCGCUGAUAAGAAUGGGCAGUCUAUACUCAGAUGAAGAAGAGGAAACCAUUGAAGUAUUACCAGAGAAAAACCAGAUGACUUGGACUUGUGAAAAAAUAGAAGCAGAGAGACGAAACCGAAACAAUGCACCAGAAAACUUUAGAGAACUAAUCAGCAUUAAACCUGACCAAUCAAAUGUUCGGCGGAUGCACACAGCUGUGAAGCUGAAUGAGGUUAUUGUUAAUAGAUCCCAUGAUGCUAGACUUGUGCUGCUGAACAUGCCAGGACCUCCACGCAACCAAGAGGGAGAUGAAAACUAUAUGGAAUUCCUGGAGGUGUUGACUGAGGGUCUAGAAAGAGUGCUGCUUGUAAGAGGUGGAGGUCGUGAGGUCAUUACCAUCUAUUCCUGAAUGCCCAAAGAUCAAUACAUAGACCGCUGUUACUGUUUGUGAUUAUAUGUAGUGCAAGUCUGAACCUCUUACUGAACAUCUUAUGCCAGCCUAAACAUAUCGUACUUCAUGAAAAAAAGGUUUUACGCUAAAGUGCACUAUUUGAUCAGUUAAUUUCACUUUAAAUACUUCAGUGGCAUGUUUGGGCUGUUUCAGUUGUGUACCUUUUCAACCAAACUCAUUCCACAUUCACACCAUAACAUUCAGAAUCACACUGGAAUUUAGGCCAUGUUUGCUAAACAAAAUAACAGAUAAUUCCAGCAACAAGAUUGAUUAUGACAUUAAAGGAGAAGUCCACUUCCAAAACAAAGAUUCACAUUUAAUGUACUCACCCCACUGUCAUCCAAGAUGUUCAUGUCUUUAUUUCUUCAGUUGUAAAGAAAUUGUUUUUUUUUUUUUUUAAUUUCAGCAUUUUUCUCCAUAUAAUGGACUGAUAUGGUGCCUCGAUUUUGAACUUCCAAAAUGCAGUUUAAAUGCAGCUUCAAAUGAUCCCAAUCCGGUUGUAAACGAUCCCAGCCGAGGAAUAAGGGUCUUAUCUAGUGAAACGAUUGGUUAUUUUCAUUAAAAAAUUUACAAUUGAAAUACUUUUUAUUCUCAAACGCUCGUCUUGCCUUGCUCUUGUUGAACUCUGUGUAUUAUGAUUCAAGACAGUUAGGGUAUGUCGAAAAACUCCAAUCAUAUUUUCUCCCUCAACAUCAAAAAUAAUUUCAAAAUCAUCCUACAUCGCUGCAGAAGUGCCGUCCCAGUCUUUGCAAAGUAAACAUGCAAAGAAGAUCAAACACCCUUAACAAAAAAGAUAAAACAGCGAUAUAGGACGAUUUUGAAGUUGAGGGAGAACAUGAGAUGGGAGUUUUUCGACAUACCCUAACUGUCAUGAACCGGAUCAAAAACAGUUUAGGUAGAGUAAGACAAGAUGAGCGUUUGACAUUAAAAAGUAUUACAAAAAUUGUAAUAUUUUUAUGAAAAUAACCGAUCGUUACGCUAAGACCCUUCUUUCUCAGCUGGGACUGUUUACAGCCGCAUUUGGGAUCGUUUGAAGCUGCAUUUAAACUGCAUUUUUGGAAGUUCAAAAUCGGGGCACCAUAUCAGUCCAUUAUAUGAAGAAAAAUGCUAAAAUGUUUUCCUCAAAAAACAUAAUUUCUUUAUGACUGAAGAAAGACAGACAUAAACAUCUUGGAUGACAAUUGGGUGAGUACAUUAUAAGUGAAACUUUGUUUUGGAAGUGGACUUCUCCUUUCAGUAAAAUAUCUGUGGCUUUACCAUCAAUGAUGAAUACAACUCACUAAUGUAGCAACAUAUAUUUUCAAGCAUGCUCACAGUUCAUUAGAAAACAUUGUGGCUUGGGUCAGAAUCAAGAAAAAUAUUUCACAACAGUUAACAGUGUUUUAUUUAGAAGAGAAAUAUUCCAUAUCCUUUUAAUAUAUCAUAAAAAAGGUGUGGAUAACAUUAUUCUGUACAGGACGACUAAAUAAAAAAAUAAGCACAUCUUGACUUUCACUGCCCAAGUAACAGAUUUAGUGCUUCCUAGUACAAGACUGCGUUCAGAACACAAGUGCUAAACCUAAAUUUCCAUUUGAGUGCUUGUAUUUUUUUAAUUUAUUUUGUCUUUAUUAUUUAUUUGUAGAAACUCCCCUUUAUAUUAGAAAAUAACCAAAGGAGCUGAAAUGGGAUGGAUAGAUUUUGUAAUUUAUAACUGCCUUGUAUCACUUUUUUAAAAGAGAUUCUUUGUAAAUGAACCAUUUAUUGGCAUCAGACUGCAUUUUAGUACACAACUCACAUUGAGAAUAAGGCAUUUUGGAUACCGAUACAAAGUCUUUAUUCUUUUUUAGGCCAUGAUUACUGUACAGACAAUAUACAUUUGUUAUACAAAUAGAAGAAAAUAUGGAAGACUGUAUUGACUAACAACAUUUAUAUCUGGGAUAUAAAGGCGAUGAUCUGUUACUGGUUGUAUAGUAUUACAUCUGUACAGUGUUUCAUGUUAAAGAGAAAGAUUAAACACCUAACGAAACAUGCAGUUGACUUUUAUGUAUAGUAUUAAGAAAAAUAUAUUUUAAAAACAGACGAAUAUGAAAAAAUUACAAUAAAGUGCACUAUGAACAGCAGAACAUG